AUGCAAAUUCCUAAUGAAUAUGUGUCUACUGCUGAAGAUGUUGCAGAUCAGGUGAUCCGUAAAGGUAAAAAUGUAUUACCGACGGUGGCUCGCCUCUGUCUCAUCUCCACGUUUCUCGAAGAUGGUCUCCGGAUGUGGUUCCAGUGGUCUGAACAGAGGGAUUACAUGGACAUCUCGUGGGGAUGCGGAAAGUUCCUUGCUACAAUGUUUGUUAUUGUAAAUUUAUUUGGACAACUGGGCGGUUGUGUAAUGGUGCUGGGCAGGCUGAAGGUGGACAUCGCGUGUGGAAUACUGUUCUUUAUUGUGGUUUUGCAGACAUUCGCAUACAGUAUACUGUGGGACAUGCAGUUCUUGCUUCGUAACCUGGCCCUCAUUGGUGCUCUGCUGCUGGUGUUAGCAGAGGCCCGAGCGGAGGGGCGAAGCCUCUUCGCCGGAGUGCCGUCCCUCGGCGAGAACAAACCGAAGACAUAUCUGCAGCUUGCGGGACGUAUCCUGCUUGCUUUUAUGUUCAUCACGUUGUUGAGAUUCGAAAUAUCCUUUGUGCAGAUCAUUCAAGAUAUUCUUGGCAGCAUCCUCAUGAUCCUUGUGACAGUGGGCUACAGAACCAAGCUCUCUGCGCUGAUGUUGGUGCUGGUGCUCACAGUUCUCAACCUCUACCACAACGCUUGGUGGAAUGUUCCUUCAUACAAGCCACUUAGAGACUUCCUCAAAUAUGACUUCUUCCAGACCCUGUCGGUAAUCGGUGGUCUCCUCAUGAUAGUCUACCUUGGGCCAGGAGGUGUCAGUAUGGACGAGCAUAAAAAGAAAUGGUAA